AUGGCACAUGACGAAUUCAUAUAUCUCGUCUUGGUUUAUGUGGAUCACUUGCACGGAAAAUGGAACUUUGGAGAAAUUCGUGCCAUUUUCAGUCGUCGGUAUCUUCUACAAAAUGUUGCUAUAGAAAUAUUUAUGGCCAAUCGUACUGCUGUUUUCUUUGCUUUUCCUGAUCAUGUAACAGUGAAGAAAGUUAUUGAUGCCUUACCACGAGUUGGAGUUGGUAUUAAAUAUGGAUUGCCUCAAGCCAGACGAAUGUCUCUGGCCUCUGGUAAACAAUUAUUCAAGUUAUCAACUAUGAUGACAAAAUGGCAGAGAAGAGAGAUAUCAAACUAUGAUUAUAUUAUGUUUUUAAACACAGUUGCAGGUCGAACUUACAAUGAUCUAAACCAAUAUCCUAUCUUUCCCUGGGUACUGGUUAGUUAUGAUUCCAAGGAACUUGAUCUCAGUCAACCAAAUAACUACAGAGAUUUGUCAAAGCCCAUUGGUGCCCUAAAUGAAACAAGAAAAACCUAUUUUGAAGAAAGAUACACAAGUUGGGAUCAUGACCAGAUUCCACCAUUCCAUUAUGGUACCCACUACUCUACAGCUGCUUUUACUCUCAACUGGUUAAUAAGAGUUGAACCUUUCACUACCAUGUUUUUAAACCUUCAAGGUGGUAAAUUUGAUCAUCCCAAUCGUAUUUUUACAUCUGUUAGUCAAUCCUGGAAGAACUGUCAACGUGAUACAUCUGAUGUUAAGGAAUUAAUACCAGAGUUUUAUUGUUUACCAGAGAUGUUUACCAAUGGUAAUAAAUUUAAUCUUGGUAAACAAGAAGACGGUCAUGUUGUUGAUGAUGUAGAGUUACCAGCAUGGGCUAAGACACCUCAUGACUUUAUCAGAAUCAACAGAAUGGCAUUGGAGUCUGAGUUUGUAUCCUGUCAACUUCAUCAUUGGGUAGAUCUUAUAUUUGGUUACAAACAAAGAGGACCAGAAGCUGUACGU